UCGAAUUUGUACACGCCCGAAAUCAAUAAAUAGAGAGAACAAAAUGACUGAAAUAAGGCAUUACUUUGACUACAGAAGUAGUGAGAAAAGUAAAAACAGGCCUCAAAGCACCACUCUGCAAACUUUGCUUUAAACGGGAGGCAACACAUUAGAUCUGGAGCACUCGUCCGUUGCUCAUCGGCCUCAUCCUGUCUUGUUCAAAGAGUUCAGAGAUCGACAGGAUGGCGACAGCUCAUAUGCCAGCCAUGAAGAGGUUUGCUCUGCACGCAUACGCUCUUUUGUUCUACGUAUCAUGUGUGUCUAUGACACCCAGUGUUUUCCAGCCAAACGUGUCAGUCACAGCCCCAGCCGGUGGUUCGGUCAUCCUGGAAUGCUACACCACUGUCGAUCCGGUUGUGACCUGGGUUUGGCUCAAACAAAUCCCAGGACAAAAGCUAAGCCCUAUAGUUUCCACAUAUUACAAGAAGAUAAAACUUCAAGAAGAAUUUGUCAACGAAUCACGGCUUGAAGUCAAAGUCGAUGACAAUAAAUCUGCAUUAAUCUUCAACAAGAUUACAUCCAGAGAUGCCGCCUAUUACCACUGUGGUGUGCAGUUGUAUGAAAUGUUGUACUUUGGAGGGGCAUCUUAUCUAACAGUUAAUGAUGCAAAGCCCAUUAAAGUCAUCCAGCGUCCAGUUUUGGACUCACAUCAUGAAGGAGACUCUGUGACUCUUCAUUGCUCAAUCUUUGGUGAGACUUGUUCAGGAGAGCAAAGCAUCUACUGGCUUAAAUACGAACCAAGGGAGUCUCAUUCAGGAUUAAUUUACAGUGAAGGAGACAGGAAAGAUCAGUGUGAGAAGAUCUCUGUGUCCGGAUCGACUGUACAGAACUGCGUGCACAAAGUCCCCAAAAGCCUCGCCAGUGAUGAAACUUACUUUUGCAGUGUGGUCACAUGUGGAAAGCUAUUCAUUGGAAAUGGAACUAAACUGACAGCUGAUGUUGUUUCUGAUAAAACAGCGUUUUAUAUCAUCGCACUGCUCUCCGCUGUUUUGGUGAUAUUAGUAAUAGUUAAUAUAAUAAUGGUGCUGUCAUGGAGAAGAACUGCACACAGAAGUGUCGGCGAGGUUCAGUCUACAGCCCAGAUUGCUGACACAGAGUCCGAAAAUUAUGCAUCGCUAAAGUUUUCAUCGGACCAGUCUACACGUAAAAUAAAAGGCCACAGAGAGGUCAAUUCUGUGGUGUAUGCAUCAGUUCGCAAACAGAUAGCGUAAAACAAGGAUUUCCUCAUUCUCAAUGCCUGUCAUGUUUUAACUGUGAAUAUGAUUUAACUGUGAAUGUCAAUUACUGUAUAAUCACAAAUAAUAUGAGCAUCACAAGAUUCAGCAGCAAGAUGAAAUCUUGUAUUUUUUUAUUUUUGAGAAAGUGACGAGGGAGAGACUUCUGUUACCGUCUUUUAUAGAUUUUCUUUUAUGUUGUUGUCUUAAUGUUGUCUUUGAAGGUUUUCAUCUUAUAAUAGCAUUUUUGUGACAUUU